AGCGAGCGGCGCCCCCGGCCCGGCUGCCUCCCCUUCCUCUUCCUCGAGGGGCAGGGCAGGGGGAGGAAUGAGGAAUCGGGGGUGAAAUGGUGAUAAUGAUAAGAAUAAUGAUAAUUAAAGGAAAACCCCGCGCGCGGGAGCCGCGGUUCCCGCCCGGCCGCGGCUCCGCCCCCGCCCCGCCCGGCCCGGCGCGGCUCCGGCCGGGAACGGGAACCGGGAAUUCGGGAAUUCGGGAAUUCGGGGCAUUCCCCAGGGGCCGGGGCGCGGAGGAUCCCGCCGGGAUGGACGCUGUGGACAUGGAUGAGAUGGUGGCGGCGCUGGUGCUGAGCAGCCUCUCCUGCAGCCCCGCCCCGCCCCCCUGGCGUGUCACCGCUGACCCCUGGAAGGACGGCGGGGACAUCUCGGACAGCGGCAGCAGCACCACCAGCGGCCACUGCAGCGGCGCCGGCAGCGCCACCGCGUCCCCUCCCCACCAUGGUGGCAGUGCCACCGCGUCCCCUCCCCACCAUGGUGCCACCGUGUCCCCUCCUCACCACGGCAGUGCCACCGCGUCCCCUCCCCACCAUGGUGGCAGUGCCACCGCGUCCCCUCCUCACUGUGGUGUCACCGCGUCCCCUCCCCACCAUGGCAGUGCCACCGCGUCCCCUCCCCACCGUGGCGGUGUCACCGCGUCCCCUCCGACCGACGACGGCUUCGACACCGACCCCGAGCCGUCCCCGCCGGAGGAGCCGGCGCCGCGCCGGAGGAAGGGCGCGGUGGCGUUCAAGUGCCUGUGGCCCGGCUGCGGGAAGGAGCUGCGCUCCGGCGUCGGCAUCAAGCGCCACGUCCGCACCCGGCACCUGGGGGACGGCUCGGAGCGGGAGGAGGAUUUCUACUACACCGAGCUGCAGCUGCCACCGGAGCCGCCCCCGCCCGCUGCCACCCCUGUCCCCACGGCUGUCCCCACGGCUGUCCCCACGGCUGUCCCCACUGUCCCCACGGCUGUCCCCACUGUCCCCACGGCUGUCCCCGCUGUCCCCCUGGCUGUCCCCGGCGCUGCCGCGCCCUGCUCUGCCCCCAUCGGCAUCCCCGGCCUGAGCCGCGCCGGCCCCGGCGCCUUCUGGCACAUCCAGGCCGACCACGCCUACCAGGCGCUGCCCUCCAUCCAGAUCCCCGUGUCCCCGCACAUCUUCACCAGCAUCAGCUGGGCCGCGGCCACCUCCGCCCUGCCGGCCUUGUCCCCUGCCGUGUCCCCGGCCGUGUCCCCGGCCAUGUCACCGGCGCGGCGCCGCUCCCUCAGCCUCGGCGACCCUCAGGCGCCGCCCUUGCUGCAGCCCCAGCUCCUCGUGGCCUCCCCUCCCCGCGCCCCCCCUCGCCUCCAGGAAAUCCCGCGGCGAAGCCAAGAAGUGCCGCAAGGUUUACGGCGUCGAGCACCGGGACCAGUGGUGCACGGCGUGCCGCUGGAAAAAAGCCUGCCAGCGCUUCCUGGACUGAAUUCCCGCCCGGAAUGCCCUCAGGAAUCCCGGAAUUCCCGCAGAAAUCCGGGGAUUCCCGCAGAAAUCCUCGGGAUUCCCUCAGAAAUCCGGGAAUUCCCGCAGAAAUCCGGGGAUUCCCGCAGAAAUCCUCGGGAUUCCCUCAGAAAUCCUCGGGAUUCCCUCAGAAAUCCGAGAAUUCCUGCAGGAAUCCGGGAAUUCCCUCAGGAAUCCGGGAAUUCCCUCAGAAAUCCGGGAAUUCCCUCAGAAAUCCAGGGAUUCCCUCAGAAAUCCGGGAAUUCCCUCAGAAAUCCGGGAAUUCCCUCAGAAAUCCGGGGAUUCCCUCAGAAAUCCGACCUGUUGUGA